GCCAUCUUGUGCUGUGCAGUGGAGCCGGAGGCUGGACGCGCUGCUCGUCAGUUCCGUGUUGUGCGAUGGACGAGUGAGUUUCCUGAGUCAGCAGAGUAACAGCGGCUGAUCGGUCCGGGCAGAAGCGGAGUGUGAGUCCAGCGGUGUCCACCACGAUUUCACAGUUGGUACCAAGAUGUUUUCCUGCAGCCAGCCAGUACAAUGUGUGGAAGCUUCCCAGAGAGCGACGUGUUGACGAGGUUUCUAACACGUGACGUGAAACUGGAAGAACUCAAACAUCUCAGGAUGAAGAAGAGGAGCCGGACACGUAGAAGAUGAAGACGUCAGCUUGGAAACACGAGGAGAUUCCAGAUCUUCUGGUGAUGAGGUCGACGCCGGUGUGGAUGAGAUGUAAACAACAACACUGAUGUUUCCACAGCAGAGUUCAUACGUCAUGUCCCGCCUCCUGCUGCUCUACAGGCUCCGCCCCUGCUGCUCUACAGGCUCCGCCCUCGCCUGGAUGUUCCCACAUGUUCCUGUUUGAACGAGUCGGACCCGACAACCUGCUGCUGCUUCACAAACACCAACUACACAACAUGUGCAGAUGCUAUUUCAUGUCUAACAACAUUUAACUGUCGACGUUGCAUUUAACCUCUGACCUCUAGGUUCAGAUGUGUAGAAACUUUGUGAGAGGAAGUGAUGAACACUCAGGUGCUUCAGGAUGAAGAGGAGACGAUCAGAUGAUUUCACUUCUGUUAUUGAUUAUUGUUUCUCUGGAUGAAGAGCCUGAGUUUGUUUAAGUAUAGUUUUUAUUGAGCUUCACAGAUCAGGAGCCCCCCCCUCCAGCUCUGUGUUGGGUUAGUGUGUGAAAGUUGUGUUUUUUGCUGUGUUGCAGAGAGGAUCUGACGAGCUUGUCCCCAGCGUCUCCAUUGGUCCAUGUAUCAUGAGCACCACAGCCAAUGGCAACGACAGCAAGUUUAGAGGCGACCUGAGGGGACCUAACCCUAACCCGUCCAGGGUCCUCCACAUCCGCAAGCUGCCCAACGACAUCACGGAGGCGGAGGUCAUCAGCCUGGGUCUGCCCUUCGGAGACGUCUCCAACCUGCUGAUGCUCAAAGCCAAGAACCAGGCCUUCUUAGAGAUGUCCUCGGAGGACGCAGCUCAGAACAUGGUGGGUUAUUACUCCACAGUGAUGCCGAUCAUCAGACACCACCCGGUCUACGUCCAGUUCUCUACCCACAAGGAGCUGAAGACAGACAACUCGCCCAACCAGGAGAGGGCCCAGGCGGCUCUUCGGGCCCUCACUAUGUCUCAUGUGGACAUGGCGGUGGUGGCACCCAGCACGGUGCUGAGGGUGGUGGUGGAAAACCUGGUCUACCCCGUCACACUGGACGCCCUCUGCCAGAUCUUCUCUAAGUUCGGCAACGUGUUGAGGAUCAUCGUCUUCACCAAGAACAGUCAGUUCCAGGCUCUGCUGCAGUAUUCUGAGGGAGCUUCUGCCCAGGCAGCUAAACUGUCUCUGGACGGACAGAACAUCUACAACGGCUGCUGCACUCUGAGGAUCAGCUUCUCUAAACUCACCAGCCUCAACGUCAAGUACAACAACGAGAAGAGUCGAGACUUCACCAGACCGGACCUCCCCGCUGGAGAUAGCCAUCCCCCGCUGGAGCACCCGGCCAUGGCCACAGCCUUCACUCCAGGCAUCUUUUCAGCUGGACCUUACGCCGGAGCGACUCACACGUUCCCUCCGGCCUUCACCAUCCAGUCGACAAUGUCCUCCCCCUACACAGGCCUGGCGGUCCCCGCUCUGCCCGGAGCACUGGCCUCUCUGUCCCUGCCGGGGGCCACCAGGCUGGGAUUCCCCCCCCUGUCUCCUGGACACUGUGUCCUGUUGGUGAGCAACCUGAACCCUGAGAGGGUUUCGCCCCACUGCCUCUUUGUUCUCUUUGGUGUUUAUGGCGACGUGAUGAGAGUGAAGAUCCUGUUCAACAAGAAGGAGAACGCUCUGGUCCAGAUGUCCGACUGCACUCAGGCUCAGCUAGCUAUGAGUCACCUGAGUGGCCAGCGGCUGCAUGGGAAGCCCCUGCGCAUCACGCUGUCCAAACACACCAACGUCCAGCUUCCCCGUGAAGGACACGAGGACCAGGGCCUGACCAAAGAGUACAGCAGUUCCCCUCUUCACCGCUUCAAGAAACCCGGCUCCAAAAACUACUCCAACAUCUUCCCACCUUCUGCCACCUUGCACCUCUCCAACAUCCCCCCUGCUGUCGUAGAAGAGGAUCUCAAGGUGCUGUUUUCCAGCUCAGGAUCAAUGGUCAACGGCUUCAAGUUCUUCCAGAAGGACCAUAAGAUGGCUCUGAUCCAGAUGGGCUCCGUGGAGGAAGCCAUCGAGUCCCUCAUCGAGUUCCACAACCACGACCUUGGAGAAAACCACCACCUUCGAGUCUCCUUCUCCAAGUCCUCCAUCUGAGUCCCUGGAUCCUCCGCUCUCCAUGUUGUCCACUACACUCCGAUCAUUCCAACAUGUCUGAACGCACCAGGAACUCGGGUCUGAUGUUAAAUUAUUUAAGAAAAAGCUCAUGUUGGUUGUUUGCCUUAGAAGAGGAUCUGGUUUCUGGAACACAAAGCGUUCUGAGAUGAUUCUCUGAAUUCAGGGAAUGAGGUCAGUCAGUUUAUCGUCAGGAUUUUAAGGAAGAAACAGAAUUCACAUUGUGUCUUGUUUUGUAAACCAGUUAUCUGAGCCUCUCUUGCCUUUUGACUAAACUCAGAGUCAGUAUUUUAAUUUAUUUCUCCAGAAUUGGGACUUGAAUCCUUUAAAUCUCGACUUGGCUCCGACUUCCUCUUUCAGCUGAGCUCGUCCUCUCCCCUUGACCAACACUCGUGUCUUCAUCAGUUCUGAUAAAUGUUGUAACCCGCAGAUCUGAGACCAGGGAGCUGGCUCAGCCUCAAACGACACUGUGCCUUAUCCCGGAGUCACAACCAUCUCCCAUCAUGCCUCGGUCAAUUGGCAGUUUACAGUUGAUAAAGGUUUACUGUUGAUGAACUGUAUUACAGAUAUAUUCAUAUGUAGGUGUAUUUUAUUGUUGGUCUUUGUGUUAGUGUUUUGUACUGCGGGUCAUUGUAGCAUCAUGUGAACUGACCCAUAGCGGUUGUUGGGUUUCUAGUCUAGUCUAUUUUCUGUUCCUUUUGGAUUUCUUGAUUUCCAUGUAUGCAAUUACGUUUUAUUCAAAUCAGAUUUUGUAGCAAUAUUUGAAUCAUUCCUGAGCUUUGAUUGGUUUGUUUUGGGUUGUUGUGUUUGUCUCUGCUGCCUUCACCAUGUUUCCUGUGCUCUGCUGUGAGUUGUGAUGUUCGCUGUGACGGUUUUAUUUAGUGUGUGAUCCACUUCAGCUGAAACCAAAAAGGGUUUUCUAGAUGCAGACGAACGCACCUGCCUCAGGGUUCUGGUUCUAAGGACCAGAACCGCAACUGAUCUGGUUUUGAUUCUUUUCUCUGGAUUCAGCCCAGUAGCUCUGGUCUCUGUUCAAAUGGGCGGUGGCUCCGUGCCUUCACGCACACGUUGGUUCCUCCUGGUUCCUCUUGGUUCCACUGGUUCCACUGGUUUGUUCGUGUCUUCACUUUAUUACGUCGACAUUCCAGCUGCUCAGACAUCGCCAUGACGACAUCUUUCCUCAUGGUGCAUUCAGGGAACCUGGGAGAUUAUUUUGACAGUAGAAUAAAAACAAAAUCUGUUAACGGAUGCUGUGUCGCAAGUCAGUCUCCUCAAGUCGGGACUUCCUGUUCCUCCAUCAGAGUAUCCCACAAUGCAUUGCACUUCAGUCAUUGACUCUGUCUGAGACCGCAGACGCCUGUAAACUGACCAAUCAGAAAACAGUACUGGUUCUAAUACAGAAGGAAACUGACCUCAGAUUAGACAGAUUCUGCCAAAAAAAUAUGGGUCUUAAAUCAUCAACAUGACGUGAAAGAACGAGACUCGAACCAAUAGGGUUAACUCCCCACUCCGUUACCAUGGUAACCGAGUCAGAGGUCGCCUCAGGACCAACAAGAGGCCCCCCCCCCCAUCAAGUAACCAGUCUUCACGUGGUCGUCCCUCAGCCACAUGUUGUUCAUUACUGGGAACAUUUUACCUUGAUCUUUCAGUUACUGAAAGGCAAAUUCUGAUGAAUGUGUCAGUGGUUUCUCCCAGGUGACCUGAACACAUCACGAGCUGUCAGGUGAGGGAUGUGGGCGGGGCUGUUGAACUGUACAUACAUGUUCUGUAGCACAUGUGACCGUUGGUUUUAUAUCUGAUGAAACAUCGAAGAAAAAUCUGUUUAAAUCACUUUUUAUCUAAAGUUUCUUUGUCUCAGUUUUUACGAAUGUAUUUAAGUAAAUAUAAAUAAAACAGUGACGCCUCA